AUGAAGGACGGCAGCACAAAGGACGCCGCUGAAACCGAGACGCGACUUCAAAGCCGCUGUGUUUCCAGACAGACGGGCCAGCGGAGCACCUGGAAGUUGAAUUCCAGCCGCCGGCUGCAGCCACACCAGGAGCUACGGCACCCUCCAGAGUCUGCGACUCCCAGCGCCUUUCUAGAAGCUGCUUCUCAUUCAAGAGGGCUGCAGGGCUCCCACCAGGCCGAGGGGGUGCGGCGCUCCCAGGAUGCGUCUGCAGUGUCCGCCUGGCUGUCUCCUGCUUGUGGCGCGGGGCUGCUCAGUGGGGACCCCAAGGAGGGGCCUUUUCGAGAGGAACAGGGGCCUCUAGUGGCAGUGCCCCCCGAGAAGGCUGAGGGCCACAAGGGGUCAGGACAGCUCAUCGGCACAGAGGACGGCGAGAAGACAGGGAGCUGUGAGGGUCCACAGGGACCAGGGGGGAAGAGCCUGAACAUCGAGGCCCUGCAGUGUGAUGUCUCAGUGGAGGAAGACAACCGCCAAGAAUGGACCUUCACGCUCUACGACUUUGACAACAGUGGGAAGGUCACCAGAGAGGACAUGUCCAGCCUGAUGCACACUAUCUACGAGGUUGUGGACGCCUCCAUCAACCACUGCUCAGGCAGCAGCAAGACUCUCCGAGUGAAGCUGACGGUCAGCCCUGAACCCUCUAGCAAGAGGAAGGAGUGUCCUCCCAGCAGUCAAGACCAGGAGCCCCCGCGCAGCAGGACCGAGAGUAACAUCGCAGAUGACCCGAGGGUGGCCGACAGGAGACUGUCCUACCACUGCAGGAGGCCCAACGCAGACUCGCAGCCCUGCUCCAUGCGGGGACCCUACUGCGUGGACGAGAACACGGAGCGGAGGAACCACUACCUGGACCUUGCCGGAAUCGAGAACUACACAUCCAGGUUUGGUCCCGGGUCCCCUCCGGAGCGAGCCCGACAGGAGCACCACAGCAGGGCCGCGCACCCCCAGGGCAGGUGCCGCCCCCAGGAGCCGGGCGCGCACAGCGGGCCGCAGCGCAGGUCACAGGUGCUGGCUGACCACACGGCGCCCGCUGCUGAGCCUGCCCUCCGGGGCCCGAAGGGGCUGGAAAAGCAGUUCCCCAGGUCCCCCAAGGGUGGCGGGAAGCCCCCCGGGGGGCCAGGCAGCAGCAAGGCUGGGAGAGCCCCCAGCCACUGCCUGGCAGCCGCUGCCCCACCCCAAACUGUGCAGGACGGCCCCCACCUCCCCCCACCCCCGCCCCCGCCCCACGGCCAGAAGCGGUACCGGCAAAAGGCCAGGGAAGGCCACUCUCCACUCAAGACCACGCACGGCCAGCCCGCCCUGGGGGAGCACGAGGUGGUGCGGGACCUGCCGCCCGUGCUGGGCCCCGAGGGCUGCGUGUUGCCCGUGACCCAGCGGCACGAGCACCACCACCACCACGAGCAUCACCACCACCACCACCACCACCACUUCCACCCAUCCUAG